AUGGCGAAGAUCAGUCCGGUGAUGAUGGACACAGGGACGGCCAGCAGGACGGUCACUAUGCGGUAGAGCCAGACCCUGGUGACCUCGAACAGGGCGUUGCUCCAGAUCCACACUCUGUCUCCGCUACGUACUGACACUGGCUCUGCUAUCACAUCCUCAAAGCUCACCUAGAGGCAGAGUCAUAGUCUCGGGGUGAUUGUUUACAGACAGUAUGUUUUUGCCACUCAAUGGAAAAUAUCGAUAAACUGCAGUCAAUGACAUGACCACAAGAGGGCAGUACAAGUAUAAGAAAAACAUUUAUUGUGACAUGCCACAUAUUACUGUAGAAAUAUAAAACUCUUCAGAUUUGUUUGAUAGUUUAAAUAAUUAGGUUUGACUAAUUGGGUUAAGACAGAUAAUAUGCUUGACGCCACAACACUUUAUAUCAAGCUUGUGACAGUAUUACCUGUUUCAGGUGACAAUCCAGAAAGCACAAAGAACUCAUUAAUGAAGUCAUUCAAAUUGGUAAAAAUGUAUAAACACAACAAAUGUCGUCUGGUUAUCAGUUAGCUCCUGUGUCAAUGCAUUGAUGCAUUGAUGUGAGGUUGUGUGAAAUACCUUCAGACAGUCGUUGACUCCUCGAGGGUCUCUCUCAUUCAGCAGGGGCUUGGUGUCACUAACAUCCACUAACGGGGACACAGCCUCCUCCUCAUCCAUCCUGUCCCCCAGUUCAGCCUUCCAUAGCAGCUGAGGCUCCUCACAGUCCUUAUACAGGUCUGCAUCAAGGUCUUCAUCAUCAGAGUCUCCCAGGUCAAUCUCUGUCUCUAUUGGAUCUGUCUUCCUCAUCAUGGUGCCUAUUCAACGGAACAAAUAACGUUUUUAGAAUUGAUUUCAAUUAAACACAAAAACGAUUCAAAUAUGGGUGUGCAGAGAGUAACAGGACCAGAAAGACUCACUCUGCCUACACACAUACCUACACACUCACACCACACUGUCAAACUGUGACACUUUCAGCCAAGCAGGCUGUUCACACGGGCGUGGCCAGCAGCAGUUGGUUAUAUUUGGAACGUGAGACUGGCCUGGCUUGAAUUUUCAAAGGGGCUUUGGUGUGUGGAUUACUUCCCCAUACCCAGGAAGAGAGGAGAGGGGAGAGGGGAGAGGGCAGAAGGGAAGACACUCCCUGCUGCAGGAUAUAAAUACCUAGAGAGAGGACUAUAUACCGCCUGCUCCUAUAAUCAUACAGUGAUCUGCCCUGCCCAUCUGAUCCAAUAGAGACAACUCAGAUUGGGAACUCUGCAAGAUACUUAUUUUGACUUACAAAAUGUAUGACCAGAAGUAAAAAGACACUCUCCUCUUGAUAUGAAAAGGAGAAAGAAGAAACGUGGAAUGUUUCCGACAGUGGGACUAAAGUGUGAUAUGAAUGUCAUAGUGAUGUGGCAACAGGAUCUCACAAACACACUUCGAUAUGGACACCUAAAAUAUAUAGGUUACUCAUUGUUGUGAUAUCAUUGACUUGGUGAUGAUUAGCCUGCCCUGCACUCUGUGGCUUAUUAAAAGUGGUAACUAUACCUUGCCCAGGUCCCACAGGAAGGUAAUACAAACCAGUCCAGGGUCGUAUUCAUUAGUGCACACUGUAGCACAACACUUUGCAACGGAAAAUGUUCAGAUAUUCCCUCCCUGUUUCAGCCCGUUUUCUCCCAUUUUGUUCCUAAUGAAUAGCAACAAAACCAACGUGUAUGCUACUAUGGGGCAAAACUAUGGGGCAAAAAGAUUGUUGACAACAUGUAACAUUUCGUCUCCAAUGUUUAUUGAAAACAUAAAUACAUUUGCACAAUGAGCACUUGUUGUCUCUCAGAUACAUCAUUAGAGUUGAUAGUUAGCAAGCUUAGGAAUUUUUGCCAUAUUAUCAUUGACAUGAAAUCAGUCAAAACAACUCAAAACAAGAACAAGAUAAAACUAGCUGAAACGAGCCACCUACGAUUCCCCACGUGGCCGCUUCUUGUCAUUGUUGCUAGUUAUCUGGCCAUCCAGAAUCAAAUCUAAUCUAAUUUUAUUGGUCACAUAUACAGUGGGGGGAAAAAAGUAUUUAGUCAACCAGCAAUUGUGCAAGUUCUCCCACUUAAAAAGAUGAGAGAGGCCUGUAAUUUUCAUCAUAGGUACACGUCAACUAUGACAGACAAAAUGAGAAAAAAAAUUCCAGAAAAUCACAUUGUAGGAUUUUUUAUGAAUUUAUUUGCAAAUUAUGGUGGAAAAUAAGUAUUUGGUCAAUAACAAAAGUUUCUCAAUACUUUGUUAUAUACCCUUUGAUGGCAAUGACACAGGUCAAACGUUUUCUGUAAGUCUUCACAAGGUUUUCACACACUGUUGCUGGUAUUUUGGCCAAUUCCUCCAUGCAGAUCUCCUCUAGAGCUGUGAUGUUUUGGGGCUGUCGCUGGGCAACACAGACUUUCAACUCCCUCCAAAGAUUUUCUAUGGGGUUGAGAUCUGGAGACUGGCUAGGCCACUCCAGGACCUUGAAAUGCUUCUUACGAAGCCACUCCUUCGUUGCCCGGGCGGUGUGUUUGGGAUCAUUGUCAUGCUGAAAGACCCAGCCACGUUUCAUCUUCAAUGCCCUUGCUGAUGGAAGGAGGUUUUCACUCAAAAUCUCACGAUACAUGGCCCCAUUCAUUCUUUCCUUUACACGGAUCAGUCGUCCUGGUCCCUUUACAGAAAAACAGCCCCAAAGCAUGAUGUUUCCACCCCCAUGCUUCACAGUAGGUAUGGUGUUCUUUGGAUGCAACUCAGCAUUCUUUGUCCUCCAAACACGACGAGUUGAGUUUUUACCAAAAAGUUAUAUUUUGGUUUCAUCUGACCAUAUGACAUUCUCCAAAUCCUGGAUCAUCCAAAUGCACUCUAGCAAACUUCAGACGGGCCUGGACAUGUACUGGCUUAAGCAUGGGGACACGUCUGACACUGCAGGAUUUGAGUCCCUGGCGGCGUAGUGUGUUACUGAUGGUAGGCUUUGUUACUUUGGUCCCAGCUCUCUGCAGGUCAUUCACUAGGUCCCCCCGUGUGGUUCUGGGAUUUUUGCUCACCGUUCUUGUGAUCAUUUUGACCCCACGGGGUGAGAUCUUGCGUGGAGCCCCAGAUCGAGGGAGAUUAUCAGUGGUCUUGUAUGUCUUCCAUUUCCUAAUAAUUGCUCCCACAGUUGAUUUCUUCAAACCAAGCUGCUUACCUAUUGCAGAUUCAGUCUUCCCAGCCUGGUGCAGGUCUACAAUUUUGUUUCUGGUGUCCUUUGACAGCUCUUUGGUCUUGGCCAUAGUGGAGUUUGGAGUGUGACUGUUUGAGGUUGUGGACAGGUGUCUUUUAUACUGAUAACAAGUUCAAACAGGUGCCAUUAAUACAGGUAACGAGUGGAGGACAGAGGAGCCUCUUAAAGAAGAGGUUACAGGUCUGUGAGAGCCAGAAAUCUUGCUUGUUUGUAGGUGACCAAAUACUUAUUUUCCACCAUAAUUUGCAAAUAAAUUCAUUAAAAAUCCUACAAUGUGAUUUUCUGGAUUUUUUUCUUCUCAAUUUGUCUGUCAUAGUUGACGUGUACCUAUGAUGAAAAUUACAGGCCUCUCUCAUCUUUUUAAGUGGGAGAACUUGCACAAUUGGUGGCUGACUAAAUACUUUUUUCCCCCACUGUACAUAUUUAGUAGAUGUUAUUGCGGAUGUAGUGAAAUGCUUGAAUCACUUCAACACAUGGACUUCUGCCCCAUUGAAGCGUACGCAUCGUUUUUGUGACGUCAGUUAAUCCAUCUAUAGCACAUAUCAAAGGAGGUUGGUGGCACCUUAAUUGCGGAGGAUGAGCUUGUGGUAAUGGCUGGAGCGGAAUGAGUGGAAUGGUAUCAAAUACUGUACAUCUAACACAUGGUUUCCAUGUGUUUGAUGCCAUUCCAUUUGCUCUGUUCCAGCCAUUAUUAUGGGCUGUCCUCCCCUCAGCAGCCUCCUGUGCCACCCAUACUUCGAAGAAGAAGAGGGUCAACUAAACUGUGUAAAGGCUGCAAAAAUGGAGGCAAGUGGAAAGGGGAGAAGGUAAGGAACUUGUCUGUCUGCCCUGCAUUAAAGACCAAAAUUGGCUAAAGAAAAUUGUGAUAAAUAAAAAAGUAUACCAGUUUCAUUGAAGGACCAAAAAAUUGACAGCUGCACCAUACAGGUUGUAAAAUAGUUGGGAGGAGAUUUUUGAUGUACAGAUUCCAUGGUACAUGAUUUAUGAACUUGUACACAAAAUGACGGCAGAUACAAAACGUGGUUUUUCUAUUUAAAUUAUUAUAUCAAAUUCUUGCAACCAAUAGAACGUUAUAUAUAUGGGGGAUACAACCAUCUCAGCUCUGCAGAUUUUGCUGCAAAGAGACAGAAUCAGUAGAUUACUUGUUUUGGUACUGUCCAUAUGUAGCUUGUUUUUGGUCGCAGGUUCACAAAUGGCUGAACAUUUUCAACACUUACUUGGAGCUAACUCUGCAAAUAGCACUGCUGGGUGAUUUGAAAAGUCAUCGUCAAUCGAUCAAUAAUAUAGUAACACUCUUAGCAAAAAUGUUUAUCUUUAAUUUACAAACUGUAGAAACUAUGAGAAUAGAAAGGUUCAGAACUUUUGUGAAACAUCACAGCACAGUGGAAAAAUAUAUGACAGCUAGAAAUCAAAACAGGAUGGUCUUCAGAGAUAGAUGGGAGGGGUUGGGGGUAGCUGAAGGGUGGGACUAACAACAAACAAAAGAUCAUUAAUGUAAAAUAUACUGUGUCCGUAAAAUUUAUAUAGUAUGUAUAAGCUGGAAUUAGAAGCCUAAGUGUUGUUGUCCAUUAGUUUACUCCAAUUAGGGGAGGCAUGGUAGGGUUAGGGGAAAAUAAUAAAGAGGGAAAAUAUAUAUAUUUUUAAAUAUAUUUAAAAUAAUAUACACUACCGUUGAAAAGUUUGGGGUCACUUAGAAAUGUCCUUGUUUUCGAAAGAAAAACAAUUUUUAGUCCAUUAAAAUAAAAUAAAAUAGAUCAGAAAUACAGUGUAGACAUUGUUAAUGUUGUAAAUGGCUAUUGUAGCUGGAAACGGCUGAUUUUUUAUGGAAUAUCUACAUAGACGUACAGAGGCCCAUUAUCAGCAACCAUCAGUCCUGUGUUCCAGUGGCACGUUGUGUUUGCUAAUCCAAGUUUAUCAUUUUAAAAGGCUAAUUGAUCAUUAGAAAACCCGUUUGCAAUUAUGUUAGCACAGCUGAAAACUGCACAGCUCAUUAAAGAAGCAAUAAAACUGUCCUUCUUGAGACUAGUUGAGUAUCUGGAGCAUCAGCAAUUGUGGGUUCGACUACAGGCUCAAAAUGGCCAGAAACAAAGUGUCACGCCCUGACAUUGAGACAUCUCUAGUUGGGUUGGUCAGGGUGGGAAAUCUAAUUUAUAUAUUUCUAUGUUAGCCGGGUGUGGUUCCCAAUCAGAGGCAGCUGUCGGUCGUUGUCUCUGAUUGGGGAUCAUACUUGUUGCCUACCUUAGUUGUGGGAUCUUGUUUCUGUUUGGCUUGUUUGAUGUUUAGCCUCUUGAACUUCACGUUCUGUUGGAUUUUGUUAUUUUGUCGGUGUUUAUUAAAAUAAAUGACUAUGUACGCAUACCACGCUGCACCUUGGUCCGAUCCUUUACACAACGAACGUGACACAAAUAACUUUCUUCUGAAACUCGUCAGUCUAUUCUUGUUCGGAGAAAUGAAGGCUAUUCCAUGCGAGAAAUUGCCAAGAAACUGAAGAUCUCGUACAACGCUGUGUACUACUCCCUUCACAGAACAGCGCAAACUGGCUCUAACCAGAAUAGAAAGAGGAGUGGGAGGCACCGUUGCACAACUGAGCAAGAGGACAAAUACAUUAGAGUGUCUAGUUUGAGAAACAGGCUCCUCACAGGUCCUCAACUGGCAGCUUCAUUAAAUAGUACCUGCAGCCCAAUAGUGCCCCAUGCUGGUCUCUCAGGGAACAGCAUCCUCCCUUCUGAUAGUGGCAGCUGCCCUCAGACACCACAGCUGAUCUGAAACCUGAUCGGCUCUCUGCCUGACUGUAACUACUCUACUUCUGCUGUAAAUAUUGACUUAGUAACCACUGGCUACAGCUUGUUACUGUAGUUAUUACAGCUCCAGACCAGAAGUCCCAUAGACAUACUGUACAUUGUGGAAGUGAGAGAUUGUCUAGGUUUUAUAGUAGACUGACAGUAAUACCCAUUGCUGUGAGUGAGGUAGUGUGUUAUAUGACCACCAGUACAGUAUGAACAUGCCCAUGCUUGCCCAGCUGCCCAUGGAUGCCAUACAUAUCUCUGGCUAUUGAGGUGGUGAGGAAAGUUAAGGAGGUGAUGAUGUGUGGUCAAUAGAAGACAAGAGAGGUCAAAACGUUUUCAGAUUCCGAAGCCUCAGCAUCAUAGGUAGGCUAUUGAGACCUGACUAACAAAAACUCAAUUGGCUAUAAUUAGGUCUUAGGGGCCAGAGUUAUUCCUGUUCAGGUUACAUAGUCACAGAAAACUCCUUGCCCUAACCCUAACCCUAACCCUUACCCUAGCUUCAUGUCCACAUGCCAGUUCAACCCUAACCCUAACCCUAUCUUUAUGUCCACAUGCCAGUUCAACCCUAACCCUUACCCUAGCUUUAUAUCCACAUCCAGGUUCAACCCUAACCCUCAACCCGGUUUGGUUUAAUUGUGUGACUUAUUCUAUUUCUGUACAUUUGUGCAGCUAUAUAUGGUGAUGGGGCUGAGACUAUAAAAAUACUGUUUUAAUUGAGAAGUAGGCAUUGGUCUGAAGCCAAAAAAGAAAGGAAAUUCACAUGAGCACCACAAUCCCUACUUCACCCAUGCUCUACCAACGUUUUCCAGCAAACAGCUUUGACCUACUACAGUAGCUAUGUUGGUCUAUUGUAAUUCAAACAAUGCGUAGGCAGGUUGCUUAGGAUUCAAACCUCCUCAAACAGCUUCAUUCAUACUCUUAGCGGAGGUGCUCCCACAAUAAUGUGAUGUGUACUGCAUUAAAUUUUUAAUUUUUUAAUUUUUUUAUUUCACCUUUAUUUAAACAGGUAAGCCAGUUGAGAACAAGUUCUCAUUUACAACUGCGACCUGGCCAAGAUAAAGCAAAGCAGUGCGAUAAAAACAACAUACACUAAGACAUUAUCCCAUUCCACUACCAUUUCAAGCUUUUUUUAUUAUAUGAAAUCAAACUUUGCUUUUAUACUUACAAGACCAUCAUUCUUGAUUGAGUAAGUUGUUUUGUCUUGUAGUAAUGUGGUGCCUACCUGUAUUGGUGUGUUGGACGCAGUCACUCAUAUAGAUAUAGAGGUCUAUAGAGCAUGUCUGCAUUCCUGAUUUCUGUCACCGUUAGCGCAGAACCACUUGUAUUAUCAAUUGCAGUGCUGAUCAAUGACAGUUCAUUACCUCUGAACAUGUAGUCUAAAGUUAUGUUCGUAUUUGUAUUUCUUUUCGCAAUAAAGAUGGUGACGCUACAAUUAUACAGUGCAUUGGGAAAGUAUUCAGACCCCUUGACUUUUUCCACAUUUUCUUACGUUACAACCUUAUUCUAAUAUGGAUUAAAUAGUUUUUUCCCUUGGCACACCUGUAUUUGGGGAGCAUCUCCCAUUCUUCUCUGCAGAUCCUCUCAGGCUCUGUCAGGUAGGAUGGGGAGUGUCGCUGCACAACUAUUUUCAGGUCUUUCCAGAGAUGUUCGAUCAGGGCUCUGGCUGGGCCACUCAAGGACAUUCAGAGACUUGUCCCAAAGCCACUUCUGCGUUGUCUUGGCUGUGUGCUUAGGGUCAUUGUCUGGACCUUCGCCCCAGUCUGAGUUCCUGAGCACUCUGGAGCAGGUUUUCAUCAAGUAUCUCUCUGUACUUUGCUCCGCUCAUCUUUCCCUCGAUCCUGACUAGUCUCCCAGUACCACAGCAUGAUGCUGCCAAAACCAUGCUUCACCGUAGGGAUGGUGCCAGGUUUCCUCCAGAUGUGACGCUUGGCUUUCAGGCCAAAGAGUUCAAUCUUGGUUUCAUCAGACCAGAGAAUCUUGUUUUUCAAGGUCUGAGAGUCCUUUAGGUGCCUUUUAGAAAACUCCAAGUAGGCUGUCAUGUGCCUUUUACUGAGGAGUGGCUUCCGUCUGGCCACUCUACCAUAAAGACCUGAUUGGUGGAGUGAUGCAGAGAUUGUUGUCCUUCUGGAAGGUUCUCCCAUCACCACAGAGGAACUCUGGAACUCUGUCAGAGUGACAAUCGGGUUCAUGGUCACCUCCCUGACCAAGGCCCUUCUCCCCCGAUUGCUCAGUUUGGCCUGGCGGCCAUCUCUAGGAAGAGUCUUGGUGGUUCCAAACUUCUUCCAUUUAAGAAUGAUGGAGACCACUAUGUUCUUGAGGACCUUUAAUGCUGCAGACAUUUUUAGGUACCCUUCCCCAGAUCUGUGCCUCGACAAUCCUGUCUCGGAGCUCUAUGGACAAUUCCUUCGACCUCUGACAUGCACUGUCAACUGUGGGACCUUAUAUAGACAGGUGUGUGCCUUUCCAAAUCAUGUCCAAUCAAUUGAAUUUACCACAGGUGGACUCCAAUCAAGUUGUAGAAACAUCUCAAGGAUGAUCAAUGGAAACAGGAUGCACCUGAGCUCAAUUUCGAGUCUCAUAGCAAAGUGUCUGAAUACUUAUGUAAAUAAGGUUUUUAUGGUUUUUAUAUUUAAUAAAUGUGCAAACAUUUCUAAAAACCUGUUUUCACUUUGUCAUUAUGGGGUGUUGUGUGGAGAUUGAUGAGAUUUUGUAUUUAUUUAAUACAUUUUAGAAUAAGGCUGUAACGUAACAAAAUGUGGAAAAAGUCAAGGGGUCUGAAUACUUUCCGAAUGACUGUGUGUUGGUAACCAGUUUAUAAUAGUCACCUCAGGGUUUGCGAUAUAUGGCCAAUAUACCACGGCUAAGGGCGGUAUCCAGGCACUCCGUUUCACGUCAUGCAUUAGGUAAGAACAGCCAUUAGCCACACCCCCUUUGGCCUUAUUGCUUGAAUAUAACGCAACAGUAAAUAAAAAAACAUGACAUUCUACAGUAUGAGUUUAUGGAUAGUAGCAUUCACUGACUGCACACAAAAUGUUAACAUCAGAUUGAAGUCCAUUCACAGACUAAUCCCAUUGAUUUUCCACAUCUGAUCAAUACAAUAGCCUAAUCAGACACCAAUUAACCAUCACUAGUCACCAUGGUGUCCAAGGCCACGGGUUCAAAGAUGAUGACAAUAACAAUCAGAAGCUGAGGAGCAAAUAUAUACUGUGUUAAGUACUGUUCCUAGAAAAUGUUGCAUCUAUGAGGCACUAUACUGAUUUAGAAAAUGCAUUGCUCCGUCAGUAGGAAUGUGAAUUUGAGAUUGUUGUUUCCACAACUGUAGAGAAACUGUACCAAAGGAUUGUGGUUGGAAUAUAUAAUUGUGUCUGACCUGUGCUUCAUGUGACGUCAAACUGUAAUUCAAACUCCCUUUACCAAAUAAAUAUCAGAUCUCUUUUCCACAAUUACUCAGUAAUGACUGAGUAAGUUUAAUCAGUGGAGAGGAGGGUAGGGUUUUUGUUCCAUUAAAAGUUAAGAUUGUACAAACAGUGUCUUUGAGUUAACAUUUUGGACUGCUCCAGACUCUGGGUUACUAUGGCAACUCGAGAGCUUUCUUUUGAGGAACUGGCUCAUCUUUGACUGUGAUCAAGUACUGUAUGUCAUCUUUUCUUCCCAUCUCAAACAUUAAUAUACCACCUGGUAUAUAGAGAGACUGGAUUAACUACAGUUAAUGAGAACAUUGCCAUGAUGUGGGAUUCCAUGAAAGUUCAGCUAUAUAAUGGUAGGAUGACCUUGGAAAUAAGAGUUGCACCCUGUCAUCUUGUCAUGUAUGUUUAAUUUAGGAACCCAAAAUAAAAUAAAAUACUAUUCAUCUUAUUGGUGUUGCCUUUAACAGGUUCGGUAGAGCUCAAAGUAAUGUAACAAUGCAAUAAUGACUUUAUUACCUACCAUCUUUCCUCCCAGCAUGAUGGCUUCCCAUCUGGGCUUUAGAGGAAGUGGAGACCAGUGCUCAUUUGUUGUCUUCUAAUUACACUUAUCAUGACGUUGGACCGCCCAUACGACCAAUAAAAAUACUUAAAAAAUGACUAGAUGUUUAACUGGGUGAUGGUUAAAAGGGUAGUGGGUGUGUAAUAUAGUCCCCUAUCAAGGUUAUAAGGGGAUACUAGAACUAGAUAGAGAUACAGUAUGUAUGUCUGUUUGUAUUUAUGUAUGCAUCUCUAUCUCUAUGAUACUAGAGACAUUCAUUAGAUUCAAGGACUCCAACCCAAGGAAUUCUAGUAUAGUCCACUAUCAGGUUUAUAAAGGAGGUACUACACUUAGAGAUAGAAAAAUACAGAUAAUAUGCAUCUAUCACAUUGAUACUAGAAACACUCAAUAAAUUCAAUGACUCCAACCCUUAAUAUUCUCCAACAGGCUUCCCUCCCUCUGUGCUGAGAGUCAGACCCUGCCAGACGCUGUCAUCUAUUAUCUGGGUCCAAGCAUCUGAGCACCUUUCAUCUAUACUUUACAUCUCCCCACUUGUUUAUCUCUGGACUGGAGUUAGAUACAUACCAGUUUAAAUAAGCCUUUCUAUGGUUCCCUGUCAUUGAGUUGUACAUGUUUCAGCACCAUGGACAGCUCCUAAACUCUCUAUACCUUCAACAGGGUAAUAGUGAUGAUCAGUGUGGCUGUACAAUUGUAAGCAGUUCAGGUGUUAUCCUACGGUUCACCAUAUCCAUAUUAUCUUACCUCCUUGUUGAUAUUUUACUGUGAAAAAAUAAGUAUGAAAUAACUUCUCGAACAUCACAAGCACUGGAUCAUUCCCAAGGCACUGAAUGUUUUAGCUUUGUAAUUGAUUUAUGUAAAAUAUGUGGUAAGUGUAUUUAUGGGAAAUGAAAAAAGAUUAUUAGAAUUCUGUGUUGUGUAACAUGAUAUCGGUCUCUACGUUUUAGUAAUUUAGCAUACGCACUUAUCCAGAGUGACUUACAAUUAGUGGAUUCAUCGUAAGAUAGAUAGCUAGGUGAGACAACAAACAACACAUCACAAUCGUAUCAAGUACAUUUUCCCUUAACAAAGUAUUUAUCAGCAAAUUCAGUGCUAGUAGGAAAUGACAAGUGGCUUUUUUAAAUGUAUUUUUUUAAAAUCUAAAACACAAAUUAGCUUUCAUAUCUCAUAAUUAACCUAUCCAAUAAUCUCUCUGUAUACCAAUGUGAAAAGUAAGGUUGUGAUCAUGAUAAAGUAAAACAUUGUAAAAGUUGGACCUUGAUUACCCAGUGGACAGUAUGUCUGAAGAAUCCUGUCAUAGACACGUUUGGUGCAUGGUCAAUUAUCUGUCUCUGUUUCUCUGGGGAAUCUAUGGGUGGAAAUCUGCUAGGUGAAUCCUCAUAAUUCUGUCUAUUUGUUCUCUACCGGAGUGUCUGGUACUGUAGGUAGGUCUGUCCUCAAAGAGAGUAGCAGAGCCACACAGUUAUACUAGAGAGGAGCUCUGCACUACAUCAUUUUCCUUCCCCUACCCUCUAGCUCCCUUUGCACUCUACUCUCAUCCCUUCAGAUAUCUUGUCGUUUCUCUCCCCUCCCUCCAGGCAACCUCCGCUCUCUGUUCUCUCUGCUCUCUGUCUCUCUCCCUCUCUCUCUCUGUCUCGCUCUCUGUCUCUCUCUCCCUCUCUCUCUGCUCUCUGUCUUUGAACCAUCUACAUUAGUGACAGUGCAUUAGUAUGAGCUCUCUCUCUCUCUCUCUCUUUCUCUCUGUCUGUCUCUCUCUCUCUGUCUCUCUCUCUCCCUCUCUCUCUGCUCUCUGUUGUUGAACCAUCUACAUUAGUGACAGUGCAUUAGUAUGAGGAGAAAGCUGCUAACACCCUUUUGUGGAGUAGAACUUAAUCACUGUGCUUUUUAAAUGUGUAUGGUCAUAUUUGCUCCGGUAAGUUGUUGUUUCUUUCAUAUUUGGACUGUGGGUAACUGAUUUUCAUUAGUAAGUACAUUCCUGGUUAAACCAGCAUUAUAAUUAUUUGUUAGAAGUUAGGGGGGUUUGUGUUUUAUGCUUUUUUAGGUUUAGAUUUUUUUUUUUUUAAAAAAUUUUUUAAUUUCAAUUUGUUUGUAAAAAUAUUUUUUGUUUGGGGGGUAAAUUUUUUAUAAAUUUUUUUUCCCCAGGGGGGGUUCUUUAGGAUGGUUUGUGUUUGUGUUUUGGGGGUUUUUUUUUGUUUUUUUUUUUUGGGGGGUGCUGAUGCAUGCGGUGUGUGUGUGUUUUGUGUGGUGGCAUGACGUAUUCCAAAGGGUUGAGCCUCUAGGGGGCCCCCCCCCCCCACCCCUAACCCACAGUAGGGGGCUCUCUGUUUGCAGUCAGCCCUUUUUUAAAAAAUCAUUUUUUUUUAUGUUGUCUUAAAAAAACAACCCAAAAAAAGGUUUAACAGUUUCAAAAAAUUAAUACUUCUCGACCCCCUUUCCCCCCCCGGGGGGAGAAAGGCCCCCCCCCCCCCCAAAAGGGGAAAACCCCCCAAAAAAAAAAAGGGGGGGGGGGUUUUUUUUUUUUGGGGCCCUUUGGGGGGCCCCCCCUUUAAAUUGUUUUUUUCCCCCCCCCCCCCCCUUUUUUAAAAGCCCCCUUUUUCCUCUCUCUUCCCCCCUCUUUUCCGUUCCUCCUUUUUCCCCCUUCUUCUCCCCCCCUUUCCUUUUUCCCCCUUUUCUCCCUUUUCCUUUUCCUUCUUUCCCUUUUCCCCUUUUUUCCCCCUAUUUUUUCUCUUUUUUUUUUUUUCCCUUUCUUUUUCUCUUUUUUCUCCCCUUUUUCCCUUUUUUUCUAAAUUUGGGGGGUUUUUGGGGGAAAUAAUCAAAGUGUUUGGGUCCCCCUCUAACCUUUUGGGUUUGUUUGUCCCAACCUUAUCCAGGUUAAAUGGGCCAAUAAAAACCCUCCAACUGUUUCCUUUUUUUUCUUUUCCACUUUCUUCCUUCGAGAGUGUUAGAAACCCCGGGGAGGAAAAAAAGUUUCUUUUUCUCAAAGAGGGGCUCCUUCGGAGCUCGAGAGAGAUGCUAGAUAGAGAGCUCUCUCUCCGACUAGCGAUCUGCUCUUCCUCGCUCUCUCUCUCUCAUGUCCUCGACUCUCUUCCUCCUCUCUCUCUCUCGCUCUCUUCUACUCUCUCUCCUCCUCUCUCUACCUCUCUCUCUGUCUCCGGUUCUCUCUCUCUCUCUCUCGUCUCUCUCUCUCUAAUCUCUCUCUCCUCCUCUCUCUCUCUCUCUCCCCUUUCUCUCUCUCUCUCUCUCUCUCUCUCUCUCUCUGUCUCUCUCUCUCUCUCUCUCCUCCUCUCUCUCACAAUCCCCUUUCUCUCUUGUCUCUCUCUCUGUCUCUCUUUCUCCCCCUCUCUCUCUUUCUGUUCAUCUUUUAACACUGAAACCAAAAAGCCUUUGUAUUCAGAGGAUACUUUGUUAACAGCUGUGUUUUAAUCUAUAAUUUCAUGGCGUAAUAAUGAUUAUUCUAGUUAUAAUGUGUCAUUAAUGAUUGUAACUAUUUAGAAUGCAUCCUUUUCCCAUUUGAAUAUGAAUGAGUGAAUUAACAGGAUGUUUGCAGACAACAGACACAUUAAUCAUUCUUCUAUAAAUACAUCUAAUCACUGACUUUUAAUUAUAAUUAUAGCCACACACACUUAAUUAGAUGUGGUCUUAAACACUUUGGAUCUGAUCGGAUUACACAACAACUGUCUGGCUGUAUGUUAUACCUUUUAGAAACAAUCUGAGAGAAAUCUCUCUCUCUCUCUCUCUCUCUCUCUCUCUCUCUCUCUCUCUCUCUCUCUCUCUCUCUCUCUCUCUCUCUCUCUCUCUCUCUCUCUCUCUCUCUCUCUCUCUCUCUCUCUCUCUCUCUCUCUGUCCCUGCCUCUAUCUACAUAUAUAGUAUUUCAGGAUGUUGUGUAUCCCUUGAAAUAAUCAUAAUUCAUGUAAACAUUACAGGUUUGAAAACAUAGCUUGUUCCAAAAAAGUAGUGUCUUGGCACAACUUACCCUGGGUAGCCAUGAGACACUUCAAUUUGCUCAACUGACCCCAAGUCAAACAUUUUGACUAUAUUAGCCUACACAGCUACAAGGCUGCACUUUCAUGCUAGGUUUAGGACCUCAUAUUGAAGCUUAUAGAGACCCAAACUGAUGUAGAACAAUCUUUAAAUUAUCUCCUUUGGUUUAGAUACAAGCAUCAUGAAACCUCUAACACAAUACAUUUAUUUGAUUUGGUGAAAAUCUGUUUUUUGGACCUAACUUGCUUACCACUUUUUCCAUGUAGUUUCUUCCUUCACAGACUCAAUAAAAUGAUGACCUCUUCCUAAAUAUUUGGUCAAAUUAUUAAUUUUGUGUAUGGAAACAAGGCUGGCUCAACUUACCUCUCUGGCUCAACUUACCCCACUCUCCUCUACUGGAAAGAGCAGGUUUUAUUUUAUUUUAGGAUCAACAUCAACAGUCCCACAUUCAUAAACUCUAAAGACAACCAACAGUAAACCUCAUUCCACCAUAUAUCCACACCAUGUACCAUAUAUUACACACAAGAAAGUUCCCUGAUAACUUUCCCAAAGGCGGCAUCUGUCAGGGUGUUGAUAUAGACAGUCCUCUGUGGCUCAUUAGGUCCAGCUGUUGGUCUAGCAGUUUUGUAGAGGACCAGACAGGAAAGGAGGGACCAGGAGAAACUAGUAAACUGCAUUCCAAAUGGCACCCUAUUCCCUAUGUAGUGCACUACUUUUUACUUUUUGGUAAAAAGUAGCUAGUCAACUAUGUAGGGAAUAGGGUGCCAUUUGGGACACAGCCUAUGUCUAGCGUGCUCAAUGAGUAGGAGUUUAAUAAUAUAUAUAUGUAUAUAUAUAUAUUCCAGAUCUUUGCCAUCUGUGCAUUUGCAACAUGUGGAGGGUACUCUGGUCACCUGCGGGUUAGAGUGGAAUGUCCGGACAAGAGCCAGAGCAACCUCAGCAUCACCGUAAACUUUGCCUAUCCCUUCAGGUAAUACAUGCUGUUAUUUUUCCACAGUCUGACUACUAGACUUUUGUCCAUUUUAUUGUGGUUCAUGGUCAAAAUUCUCCAAAACAUAAAUUCAACAGAAUUUACACUGACAGUCAUGUCAUACAGUCAUGUGCAAACUGGAGCAAAAGGCUCAUGUCAUUGUCACAUGUCACAUGCAUGGGUAUACACGUUGAGAGACAAGUCACAUUUAUCCAGAUAAACACUCCACAACACUUUACUAAGAGUCAUUCUGUAUUGUAAUCUACUGUGCAUUUGGGGAUAUAGCCUUGGUGAGACAAUGAUAGUGUUGUCCGUCCAUGAAUGUGUUUGACAGAUAGGGUGGAUGUGUGGUGGCAGAGAUUUAUUUUCCAUCUAUAAAAAUACAUUUAAAAAAUCUAUGUUUGGAUUGAAAGAUUAUGGAAUAUGGAGCUGUAGUUGUCAAAUCAUUCAUUUGUUUCCACGUUCAGUAUCUCACGUGUAUCUACCUGCUCCCUUGAAGACCUUAAACAUUUCAGCUCAGGUUAAGAGUAAUGUGGAAAGACUCCUGAUGAUCAGGGGAGAGAUUCAUAAUUGAGACUCAUGAGCAUCAUACAGUGAUUCUGAGGAAUACAUACAGUGCAUUCGGAAAGUAUUCAGACCCCUUGACUUCUUCCACAUUUUAUUACAUUACAGUCUUAUUCUAAAAUUGAUUAAAUUGUCCCCCCGCAUCAAUCUACACACAACACCCCAUAAUGACAAAGCAAAAACAGGUAUUUAAUGUAUUAUGCAAAUGUAUAUAAAAAAAACGGAAAUAUGACAUUUAUAUAAGUAUUCAGAUCCUUUACUCAGUACUUUGUUGAAGCACCUUUAGCAGUGAUUACAGCCUAACAUCUUCUUGGGUAUGACGCUACAAGCUUGGCACACCUGUAUUUGAGGAGUUUCUCCCAUUCCUCUCUGCACAUCCUCUCAAGCUCUGUCAGGUUGGAUGGGGAGCGUUGCUGCACAGCUAUUUUCAGGUCUCUCCAGAGAUGUUUGAUCGGGUUCAAGUCCGGGCACUGGCUGGGCCACUCAAGGACAUUCAGAGACUUGUCCCUAAGACACUCCUGCGUUGUCUUGGCAGUGUGCUUAGGGUUGUUGUCCUGUUGGAAGGUGAACCUUCGCCCCAGUCUGAGGUCCUGAGCACUUUGGAGCAGGUUUUCAUCAAGGAUCUCUCUGUACUUUGCUCUGUUCAUCUUUGCCUCGAUCCUGACUAUUCUCCUGACUAUUCUCCCCCACAGCACGAUGCUGCUACCACAAUGCUUCACCAUAGGGAUGGUGCCAGGUUUCCUCCAGACAUGACGCUUGGCAUUCAAGUUCAAUAUUGGUUUCAUCAGACCAGAGAAUCUUGUUUCUCAUGGUCUGAGAGUCUCUAGGUGCCUUUUGGCAAACUCCAAGCAGGCUGUCAUGUGCUUUUUACUAAGGAGUGGCUUCCGUCUGGCCACUCUACCAUAAAGGCCUGAUUGGUGGAGUGCUGCAGAGAUGGUUGUCCAUCUGGAAGGUUCUCCCAUCUCCAAAGAGGAAGUCUGGAGCUCUGUCAGAGUGACCAUCGGGUUCUUGGUCACCUCCCUGACCAAGAACCUUCUCCCCCGAUUGCUCAGUUUGGCCGGGUGGCCAGCUCUAGAAAGAGUCUUGGUGGUUCCAAACUUCUUCCAUUUAAGAAUGAUGGAGGCCAAUGUGUUCUUUGAGACCUUCAAUGCUGCAGAAUCUUUCUGGUACCCUUCCCCAGAUCUGUGCCUCGACACAAUCUUGUCUCGGAGCUCAACGGACAAUUCCAUCGACCUCAUGGCUUGGUGUUUGCUCUGACAUGCGUUGUCAACUGUGGGACAUUAUAUACCCAGGUGUGUGCCUUUCCAAAUCAUGUCCAAUCAAUUUAAUUUACCACAGGUGGACUCCAGUGAAGUUGUAGAAACAUCUCAAGGAUGAUCAAUGGAAACAGGAUGCACCUAAGCUCUAUUUUGAGUCUCAUAGCAAAGUGUCUGAAUACUUACAGUUGAAGUCGGAAGUUUACAUACACCUUAGCCAAAUACAUUUAAACUCAGUUUUUCACAAUUCCUGACAUUUAAUCCAGGUAAAAAUUCCCUUUCUUAGGUCAGUUAGGAUCACCACUUUAUUUUAAGAAUGUGAAAUGUCAGAAUAAUAGUAGAGAGAAUGAUUUAUUUCAGCUUCUAUUUAUUUCAUUACAUUCCAAGUGGGUCAGAAGUGGGCACUCAAAUAGUAUUUGGUAGCAUUGCCUUUAAAUUGUUUAACUUGGGUCAAAUGUUUCGGGUAGUCUUCCACAAGCUUCCCACAAUAAGUUGGGUGAAUUUUGGCCCAUUCCUCCUGACAGAGCUGGUGUAACUGAGUCAGGUUUGUAGGCCUCCUUGCUCGGACACACUUUUUCAGUUCUACCCACACAUUUUCUAUAGGAUUGAGAUCAUGGCUUUGCGAUGGCCACUCCAAUAACUUGACUUUGUUGUCCUUAAGCCAUUUUGCUACAACUUUGGAAGUAUGCUUGGGGUCACUGUCCAUUUGGAAGACCCAUUUGCGACCAAGCUUUAACUUCCUGACUGAUGUCUUGAGAUGUUGCUUCAAUAUAUCCACAUAAUUUUCCUUCCUCAUGAUGCCAUCUAUUUUGGGAAGUGCACCAGUCCUUCCUGCAGCAAAGCACCCACACAGCAUGAUGCUGCCACCCCCGUGCUUCACAGUUGGGAUGAGGUUCUUCAGCUUGCAAGCACCCCCUUUUUCCUCCAAACAUAAUGAUGGUCAUUAUGGCCAAACAGUUCUAUUUUUGUUUCAUCAGACAAGAGGACAUUUCUCCAAAAAGUACGAUCUUUGUCCCCAUAUGCAGUUGCAAACCGUAGUCUGGCUUUUAUAUGGUGGUUUUGGAGCAGUGGCUUCUUCCUUGCUGAGCAGCCUUUCAGGUUAUGUCAAUAUAGGACUCAUUUUACUGUGGAUAUAGAUACUUUUGUACCUGUUCCUCCAGCAUCUUCACAAGGUCCUUUGCUGUUGUUCUGGGAUUGAUUUGCACUUUUCGCACCAAAGUACGUUCAUCUCUAGGAGACAGAACGCGUCUCCUUCCUGAGCGGUAUGACGGCUGCAUGGUCCCAUGGUGUUUAUACUUGCGUACUAUUGUUUGUACAGAUGAACGUGGUACCUUCAGGCUUUUGGAAAUUGCUCCCAAGGAUGAACCAGCCUUGUGGAGGUCUACAAAUUGUCAUGCACAAAGUAGAUGUCCUAACCGACUUGCCAAAACAAGAAAUGUGUGGAAUGGUUGAAAAAUGAGUUUUAAUGACUCCAACCUAAGUGUAUGUAAACUUCUGACUUCAACUGUAUGUAAAUAAGGUAUUUCUGUUUUUUAUUUUUAAUACAUUUGCAAAAUAUUCUAAAAACCUGUUUUCGCUUUGACAUUAUGGGGUAUUGUGUGUAGAUUGCUGAGAAAAAAUAUAUAUUUAAUCAAUUUUAGAAUAAGGCUGUAAUCUAACAAAAUGUGGAAAAAGUCAAGGGGUCUGAAUACUUUCCGAAGGCACUGUAUACCUUUACCUCUCUUUAAUCUCUCUCUCGCUCUCUCUCUCUUAUCUCUCUGUCGCUCUCUCUCUCUCCCCCUUCUCUCUCUCUCUCCUUCCUCUCUCUUCUCUCUCUCUCUGUCUCUCUGAAGAUCGCAGGUUCACUCAGAUCAGUGGGAGGAACUUGUUUCACUCAGUUUAACAAUCGCUAUUUUUAAAGCCUGUCAGAGUCCAUUGGUAAUGGAAGGGUUCCUCACCAAGACAGACUUUUGUUCUUUAAAAGAGAUCUUUUUUUUUUUUCUUGCCUGAAGCAAGGAUCAGCAGGGUCUAUCUCUACCUUCUGCAAAUCAUUGUGUGUUCAAACACUCUGCUCAUACUCUACUUUUACCUGGACAUUUCCUGCCAUAAUGCAGGACUAUGUUAUUUUAUAGGCAAGAUGGCUUAACUACAGGUCUCUCUUGCAAACGAAAUUUGAUCUCAAUGACUAACCUGUAAAAUUAAAGGUUAAAUAAAAUAAAUGAAAACUACUGUAACAGGUGAUUAGGAUUCUAACACAUUGAGCUUUGAUGAUAGACAUUUUACUGACGACAUAGCUACAGCAUGACAUCUGACAAUGACUUGCAGGAUGAUGGUCAUGACAUUCUCAACCUCAUUCUCACUCACCUGCACUGUGAUCAGAGCCUCACACUUGUCAAUAAAAGGCUUUAACUGUGACCAUGUCCUUGUUCCUGACAUCUUAUAGGUUACAGCAGGUCCAUUUCCAGCCCACGCUGUGUGAGAGGAACAGACAGGAGACCAUCUUCCUGGUAGGAGACUACUCCUCCUCAGCUCAGUUUUUUGUGACCGUGGCUGUCUUUGCCUUCCUCUAUUCACUGAUGGCCACCGUAGUGUACAUCUACUACCAGAACAAGUACCGCGAGGGUAAUAGAGGACCGCUGGUGGUGAGUUGUUUUACUUAUCAAGAGCUGCCUUUGGUUCAUUAAUGUCAUGGUAUUUGUAUAAUGUAUGUGUCUAUUAAUUGAGAUACAUUGAAUUAAAUAAUUUACAGGACAGUGGUAGCUUAACAUAUAGAGAAAUGUGAUUCACAAGAUUAUUACCUCUGAAAGAUGUGGUAUAUUGUGGCAUUUUAUAAAUAGCAGUUAGCUGUACUUUGUUGUUACUCCUGCUCUUUUCUUCCAUAUUCCUUUAGACCUCGUUUAUAACAUCACCCCAUCCUCUUUUUCACACCUCAACUCUCACGAUCGCAUUGAACCUGAUAAUAACCUUCUCCAUUUCUCCCUGCUAACCAGGACUUUGUAGUGACCGUGCUCUUCGCCUUCAUGUGGUUGGUGAGUUCCUGUACUUGGGCCAAAGCUCUGUCUGAUGUAAAGUCAGCCACUGAUCCCACCCAGGUCCUCCUGCUCAUCUCUGCCUGCAGACACCCGGCCAACCAGUGUUCAGCUUCCCACCACCCAGUCUGGUCUGAGCUCAACACGUCUGUGGUGAGUCAUUGGUGAUGUCCAUAAUGGCACCCUAUCUCCAUAUAGUGCAUUGCUUUUGACCAGACAACUAUGGGCCCUAGUCAAAAGUAGUGCACUAUAUAGGGAAUAGGGUAAUUUGGGACACAUUCCUUAUGCAUGAAAUACCAAUGCUGAUCAAUGUCAGCUCCAUUGUCUUCAGACAGGUGGUGUUUACUCCUACGCGAUGCUCGUCCUUCAACCGAUUGUUGAUGAUGAUGUUUUAAAUAAUGUAUGCACAGCAACAAAAAUUCUUAGCAACCAUUUGUUUUACGUCAAUAACAUUUUCUGAUUCUGAAUCUGACAGUUUGAUGUUUAGACCCAAACUCUAAAUGCAGGUUAGCAUUUUUCGUCAUAAAUCUUGUUCUGGAGGCAACUCUUCAGAGUUGUCACUAGCUGGCACAGCCACAAAGUAAUCAAAUCUGACUUUCAACCUAACCCUAAUGCCCAACCCUAACCGUAACCACACUGCUAACCCUAAUGCCCAACCCUUAUCUUAACCACACUGCUAACCCUAAUGCCCAACCCUAAUCUUAACCACACUGCAAAUCCUAAUGCCCAACCCUAAUCUUUAACAACACUGCUGACCCUAAUGCCCAACCCUAAUCUUAACCACACUGCUAACCCUAAUGCCCAACCCUAAUCUUAACCACACUGAUGACCCUAAUGCCCAACCCUAAUCUUAACCACACUGCUAACCCUGAUGCCCAACCCUAAUCUUAACCACACUGCUAACCCUAAUGCCCAACCCUAAUCUUAACCACACUGCUAACCCUAAUGCCCAACCCUAACCUUAACCACACUGCUAACCCUAAUGCCCAACCCUAAUCUUAACCACACUGCUAACCCUGAUGCCCAACCCUAAUCUUAACCACACUGCUAACCCUAAUGUCCAACCCUAACCACACUGCUAACCCUAAUGCCCAACCCUAAUCUUAACCACACUGCUAACCCUAAUGCCCAACCCUAAUAUUAACCACACUGCUAACCCUAAUGCCCAACCCUAACCUUAACCACACUGCUAACCCUAAUGCCCAACCCUAAUCUUAACUACACUGCUAACCCUAAUGCCCAACCCUAAUCUUAACCACACUGCUAACCCUAAUGCCCAACCCUAAUCUUAACCACACUGCUAACCCUAAUGCCCAACCCUAAUUUUAACCACACUGCUAACUCUAAUGCCCAACCCUAACCUUAAAUUAAGACCAAAAAGCUCAUUUUUGCUUUCAUGUAUUUUUACAAUAUAGACAAUUUUGACUUUGCAGCUGGCCUAUCUAAGGGGAAAUCGCUCUCAGUUUUGCCUCCAGGACAAGAAACGUCAACAUGCACUCUAAAUACCCUCUUUCUGUACCUCUAUACAGGUUUUUGGUUUUUUAAACUUUAUCCUGUGGGCCGGCAACAUCUGGUUUGUCUUCAAAGAGACAGGCUGGUACAAGACUGGCCAGAGGUACCCAAUGAGAAGCGCCUCUGGGAGACGGGCCAAUGGGAUGAGCCAACGGCUCUGCAGCCAAAGCAGUUUCGACCAAUCAGGGGACAGCUUCUAUCAACAUCCAUACAGGCAGACUAGUUUUGAUCAAUCACGGGAGAGCUUGGGCCAGCAGCACUACAGCCAAGGUAGCUUCAACCAAUCAAUAGGGAGCUUCCGCUUGCCACAGACCAGUCUAGGACAGCCAAUCAUCAUCAGUCAGGGGGAUGUCACCUCUAAAGGGAUUAAUCCUAUCAUGUUUGUCAAUGAUACUUAG